AUGUACGAUGCUCGAUUUAAUAAAGAGAUUCUUGUAAAGUCCCCUGUCUUAUGCGUGCUGGCAGACAAUCCACGGGCAUCAGAGUUCGAACAUCACUUGGGGAGCUGUGCAAACAAAUUUUGUAGAAAGUGUAAUGUAAGUUAAUUUCUAGACAUUUUUAAAUAUCUGUUUUAAUAAAAUACUUAAUACUUAGAAGUUGGCCUGGUAUACAAUACUUGACUUAAACGUCAACUAAUGGUUUAGAUGCAUGCUACAGGAUAGCGAGUAUAAAAAAUGCAUAUAUUGUUUCCUCACUCCUUCGUAUUGAUAUUUAUUUAACUCUUUCCCCGCCAAAUGCACGAUGUUACUUAUCAAUAACAAUGGAAACGCCCUUGGUAGGGAAAGAGUAAAAGCACAGGUUAAGGGGGGAUGAAUAGGGGUAUACAAAUUCGCCGAUCUGCCCAAAUUUGAAGCGAAAUCCGCGAUCCGAGCCAAAAUAUUAGAUAAAUCCGCAAUCUGCUGUAUUUUAAUAAGAUCCGAAAUCCGUGUAAAACAUUUGCCAGAUCCGAAAUCCGGACAAUUUUUUCUGUGAAAUCCGACGAUCCGAAAACCUAUUCACCUCCACCCCCCACCCCCCCCCGGUUAAUUAAAGAACAUAUGACUCGAAAAUUGACGGUGUUAUUCUUUAGUCUAAUUUAAAAGAUCAUUGAAAACUGUAGCGUAACUUGUUUGACAGACUUUUGUUUUCUUGCUUUGUUUUGGAAAUAUUUCAUUUUGUAUGAUAUGAAACUAGGACUAACUUCCUACUGAACGUCACACAUGCAUGACUUACUUUAACUCUUUCUCGACAGGCCGGUUUCGUAUUACAUUUCGAUUCAAUUUUUCUAAUAUAAAUAUCUCGGCGAGUAUUUACCCCCCUUUUAAAUAAAUGCCACCAUUGAAAUCCUCACAAUAUAACCUUUCGAACGGGGGGUCAAUGCCCUUACCAAAAAGUCCACCAAAUAUUAAUCCAAUCCCCUUUUUUUAUUUCAGCAUCAUCUUGGUAUCUUCAAGAAAGGUAUCAAGAUUGCAAAUCCCAGCAGAGAAAUAGUGGCAGUUGAAGAAGUGAGAUUCUGCAAAGAUGAAUCAGGAAAUCAAGUCUUGGGAAGUUUUCAGUGCGCCAAGGUUAAAAGAACUGGACAAGUAAACUUGAUAGCACCUGAACAUGUAAUCGAUCAAGCAUGCCUUGUCCACGAUUGCUCCACAGGAAACUGCCAUUUUACGGAGAGUGAAACAACAGUGACAGUUGAAAGAGAAGUUGUGCAAAAUUAG